ACGAUAAACAGUUAAAUAGUAAUUCAAAACAUGACCAGACCUGACAAAUAAAGAUCAGAAGAUCCAGAUUCAGCUUUAAAUAUUAUCUUGUUUCUUAUAAAUUAUCCAUCCCUGUAGGAACCAGAUCUAAUCUUCGAAAAUGACCACGCUAGAGGAUCCAUCCCUAGAACGUCAUUUUCGGGGCCAUCGCGAUGUUGUUACAUCUGUGGAUUUUAAUCCCAAUAUGACACAGUUAGCUUCUAGUUCCUUAGAUAAUAAUUUAAUGGUGUGGAACUUUAAAGCCAAGAUGAGAGCAUACAGAUUUGUUGGACAUAAGGAUGCUGUUAACUGCGUCAAAUUUUCUCCAUCUGGAAAUCUAGUCGCUUCAGCAUCCAGAGAUAAAACUGUCCGUUUAUGGAUUCCAAGUGUUAAAGGGGAAUCAACAGUUUUCCGUGCCCAUACUGCUACAGUCAGAAGUGUUGAUUUCUCAGGAGAUGGCCAGGCUAUGGUGACAGCAUCUGAUGAUAAAACUGUCAAGCUGUGGACAGUACACAGACAAAAGUUUAUGUUCUCCCUCACACAACACAGCAACUGGGUGCGGACAGCCAAGUUUUCUCCUGAUGGUCGUCUGGUAGUGUCUGGCAGUGAUGACAAGACAGUUCUCCUGUGGGACCUCAACAGUAAACAGUCCAUCCACACAUUCCAUGAAACAGGAGGGUUUGUCAAUUGUGUUGACUUCCAUCCCAGUGGAACUUGUAUAGCUUCAGCUGCCACAGAUGGGGGUGUGAAAGUGUGGGACAUACGCAUGAAUAAAAUUUUACAAAACCAUACAGCCCACUCUGGUUCAGUCAACAAGUUGUCCUUCCAUGCCAGUGGGAACUACCUACUAACCGCCUCGGAUGAUGCCACUCUGAAAAUAUUUGACCUGCUUGAGGGGAGAAUAUUCUACACACUACAUGGACAUCAGGGCCCUGUCACAGCAGCCAUGUUUUCUAAAUCUGGGGAAUACUUUGCCUCUGGAGGUCAUGAUGAGCAGGUUCUAGUGUGGAAGACCAACUUUGAUACCUUACAAGAAGACAACUCUAAAGCCAAGCGCAGACGUGAUCGCUCCACUGAGAAACCUACGGUGGAGGACAUCCCCCCCAGACAGGAGCUGAUUCCUUCUAGAUCAUACGAGGAGAACACGGUUGAUGCUCGGCAACAGCUUCAUAGAUUGGACGACGUGACGCAGGGCAUUACAAAUGUGGCUCCAGUUCAACUAAACUCAGACAUUGCUUCAAAAAAUCAAAACUGCUCUAAAGGAGAUUGUGAGGCCCCUGUAACACAAAGUUUGGAUGUUCAGUUCCCACAGCAGCUUAAUGUAUUCAUGCAGCACGUAGCUAGCCAGCUUGAUAUUCUCACACAGACUGUCUCACUUUUGGAACAGAGGCUGACCAUGACAGAGAAUAAACUGGUGGAAUGUUUAAAUGAAAAGAAAACAAACUAACUGUGAUCCUGAGGAACCAUGUACAUAAAUAAAUAGUAGUGAUACAUUUAACCCUCUGGUGCCCAGAAGAAAGAAAAAAAUUGUGAAAUUUAACAUUUGGUUAUAAAAAGCUUGUCAUCAGUAGCUAACAUAAAAGUGUUUGUUUCUAUAAAUAACUCACCUCUUUAGAAACAGGACUUUUCAGCUGAUAACAGUUGCAGUGAUAGAAUAAACUUUUUCUCCUUGUUUUAAUGUUGAAAUGUUUAGUUAUGGUGAGACAAGCUGACACUUGAGUAGACUGAAAUGUGUUGCACCAAUUAGCAGGUCCUUUGUGAAUCAAUUCCUACAAGUUGAACUUGGUGGGAAAAUAUUUUUAAAUUGUGGGUGGUUAGAGGGUUAAAUGCUGAAUGUAUGUAGAUAGCACAGUAAAUUUAUUUAUGUUUGUUAAAAGUACUGCAACAUGUUUGGUAUUUAUAGAUAUGUGUAGUUAGCAUGAAAUAAAAUGUACAACUAUCACCGCUUAAAAUUUACAGGAUUUAUUUUUUUUAUUCUGUAGAAAAUACAAUAUUCUUAAAAAUUCCUGACUAUACUCUUUCUUUCUCUGGUUAAAAGAAUUAGUUCACCCUAGGUCCAUUUUUAGAACUAGAUGUCUAAAAUGUAUUAAAAAUUUUAAUUUUUAUCUUUUUUUUUAAGCAAUUGUUAUAACCUAUUAUAAAUUUAAGCCCCAUUUGCAUGCAUAUACUGUAUUGGAAACAUGUUAUUCUGUAUUGGGAACAUGUUAUACUACAGUUAAAAAUUAACUACAGAUUCCAAUUUGCACAGAUGUACAUAUUUUUCAGAAACUUUUGCAUAUAUGAACAUAAUUUUUCUGAACAUGUAAACUUGGCACAUGUGUUGUACAGUUGAAAUCUUUGUACUCCGUGUAUCUCAUUUGAUAAAUAUAAUCGUUGCAGAUUAAAGGCAGACUCUUCCGUCCAAAAUACUUCUUUACUUGUUUGUAAUACAUAUAUUACAGUUUACUAAGUUACUGUACGCCAUUAAUUAAUCAUGAUUUUUCUUGCUAAAAAUCACAAAUUUUUUACAAAAUUUUAAAGAAUAAUCAAAUGCAUGUUUUAUUAUUUACCUUACUCCUUUAAUACUAUUUAAUUUUUUGUUAAAAGUAGUUGUUUUACAUUUGUUUAGUAAUCAAAUUUCAUCCACACUUUUUGGCAUUCAUGUUUAAGAUUAAAGUGUGCCUACAGUAAUUGAUUUGUUACUUCUAAUAUGCUUUAAAUGUACAUUAAACUAUUUAAAUUUUCUAGAAUUAUCAGGGCAAAGUACAUCAACUCUAAAAAUACUAAAAUUGCUGAAAUGUUGAAUAAAUUUAUUUAAUUAUGGCUUUUAAUUGUAUCUAAGACUAGAUGGUUUAAACGGAUGAAACUAUACCCUGAGCAAAACAUGAAAAUAUUCUCUUUUUAAUAGGCCUUCAUGUCCCUUUCUUGCAGCAACAACUAAAUAUUGACAAUUAUUUUUAUUAUUUAACUUAGCUGUCAUUUCUACAUUAUAAAGAAUGAAUCAAACAUGAUUAUUUGUUUUUAUUUUAACUCAUUAUUUGAAAAAAAAAAACUUCAAUGGGAAAAUGUAAUAAGUUACUUCCAUUUUAAAACAUUUCAUAAUGAUUUCAAAGUUCAAAUUUCCAUUUUAAAUAGGAUCCAUUUCAGAUUGGUAGUUGUCAAUUUGUUGUUUGCGCAGAUGUUUUUACUCUCAUUAAAUUACAUCAUUGACAAAUAUUAUUGAGAUGUUGCUAAUAAAUACUUUUACAAUGGUUGAAAUAAUGUAUUGUAAUAGCUCCAAAAAUCUCAUCUAAAAUUUUUGUAGAAAUAAA